UUUGUUUUAGCAAUCUCAAUGGAUAUUUUGAUCCAGGAGUCUUGAAGCAAAUCAAUUUUCUGGCAGUGUUCCUCCUGAACUCGGGAAACUAAGUAACUUGAAAACUUUGUAAGACAUGUCAUUCCUUGUUUACUUACACUUACUCCUUGAAUCAAAUUUGACAAGGAUGAAAGAAUAUCCAACGCAUUUGUUUGGCUACAUGUUGUUGCAACUUCAGGGUAUUGUCCUCGAAUUGAUUGAGUGGAAAUCUGCCACCUUCAUUUGAUGGGCUAAUAAAUUUGACUGAUUUGUAAGCUACUACAAUAUCUUAUAUGAUUUCCUAUAUUAUUUCAAUGAUGGUGUCAGUUCAGCACCAGUUUCUUGCACAAUGCAGUAGGAUAAAUGAUAACAACUUCAGCGGAGCAAUACCUGAUUUCAUACAGAACUGGAAACAACUUGCGAGAUUGUAAGAUUCUGAUCUUCCGAAAAAUGCCUUUUCAGAUCGGCUAAAAGCAGUGAUGGUUUUUCCGUUAUUUGUAUAUAACCAUUCAAUUCUAAUUUGUGUCGAUGAAGAAAAAUGCAUGGAAGUGGAUUGGAGGGACCCAUUCCAUCAAACAUAUCCCUUUUGAAUCAAUUAACUGAAUUGAGAAUCAGUGACAUAAAUGGGAUGGCUCCGGAAUUUCCUACCUUGAGCAACACUACAGGGCUAGUAAGAUUGGUUUUGAGAAACUGCAACAUUUCUGGUGAAAUCCCGAAAUAUAUUUGGAAAAUGAUGAAUCUGCAAAUGUUGUGGAUUCUGUAGUUUACCUUGUUGACGCGUACGACAAAGAGAGAUUUGCAGAGGCCAAAAAGGAGCUGGAUGCCCUACAUAAAAAAGAACAACAAUACUCAACCUUGUUAACACCAGAUGUUCUUUUUUUUUUUUUGAAAUUGAUGCUGAUUAUGUUAAAUUUUUGUUGGAAUGAAUUGUUUUUUGUUUUUUGGGGUUUAGAAUAGGGUUUUGUGAA